AUGCAGAUCCAGUUUACCAAGGCUAAAUGUGUCUAUCCUGCGAUUACUCUGUUCUUGCUGAUUUGCAUGCCGUCUUCUACACUUGCCAAAGUUGAGGAAGUUGGUACAUUACAACAGUUCAUCGAUAAAGUGAACACUGAGAAGAAUUAUACUCUUGUUGAAUAUUAUACGACUUGGUGUUCUCAUUGCAAAAAGUUGGGACCUAUCUUCGAAGAUGUGAGCGAGUCUCUAGGUACUGAACUGGGGGAGAGCCAGCCCAUCGAGUUCUUGAAGGUAGACUGCGAUAAGUUUGAUGGGACCUUAUGCAAGCGACUUCCUGGGUUUCCCGUUGUAGAACUGUACAGACCAGCUAAGGGUUUCGUAAAGCAGCAAGAAGAGGAGGAGAGUGUUGCGCAAGACGAGCGGGCCCUGAAGCGUUCUUUAUGGGACUGGCUUUCAGGUUCCCUGUCUUUCAUCACACGGAAGACGCAACAACAACGAUUGUCGUGGGAGCUUGACCCCGCAAGGAUAGUAGAGUUUAAAGGAAACCGGAAUAAAGACACAUUUACCAAGUUUGUGAAAUCAGUGGUUGAAAGGGAUAGGUUUGCAAGGAUUGCGGAGGUGGUAUUUAGCGACGGAGAGGCAAAUGUAGAUGGGGAGGGAGGUGAUUAUGAUAGGUUGGUGAAGGUUGGUAGGGAUUUUAUUUCUUUUGUUAGUAGAGAUCUGAAAUCCGAUCGCAAGAAACUUCAAAAUAUUUUAAAACAUCAGGAGGAUAAUGAGGAAGGGGCGGAGAAUUACGAAGCUGUUAAAUUUCAGUUAUACUUGCUAGGGUUAGUUGAGGAGCAGCAGGCACACAAAGGGUUAAUGGACGAUGAGCUAUAG